AUGAAGUUCUCGCAUUCGCUACAGUUCAACGCUGUACCAGAAUGGUCUUCAAAGUACAUAUCUUAUACGACAUUGAAAAAGCUCAUUUACAACUUGCAGAGAGAGUCGUUACGGCACCAAAAUGAGGAUCUCGAAUCAGCACAUCUUAUAAACAGCGAGGCUUCUUCCAACAGAGACCCUGUCGUGGUGUUUACCACUGCUUUGGACAGUGAACUACACAAAAUCGACGUUUUCUUCCGCAAGCAGGAAGAAUUCAUAUAUAAGAACAUCGACGACUUGGUCGCGGAUAUCGAUGCGUUUGAGAAUGAAAUGGAGUCUUCUGACUUUGGAAAUUCCGCUUUUCAAAGAUUUGGCUUGAGGCGGUUCCGUACAAGUGACGAUGGGUCGAGUGGACUUGGAAGAGCACGUAGUAAAAGUGCCGCGAGCUUGUACGAGGAUCCAAUACCUAAUACCACAGACCCAGAGACAGAAUUCACACAAGAUGAGAAUGAAGACGGCGAAGAUGCUAUUGGAGAGGAAGAUUAUGACGAGUACUUGAAAUCACCUAAUUUCUCUGCAUGGACAACCAAUUUCGACGGCACGUCGCUUCCCCCACAACUUGCUCUUCUUUCCGAAUCCAGAGUGCUUUUAAGAAAAAAAGUGAUUGCGCUUUACACAACGUUGUGUGAGCUCAAGAGCUUCAUUGAGCUUAACCAGACAGGAUUUAAGAAAGCCACGAAAAAAUUCGAUAAAUCGCUCAACGCAAAUUUGAAAAAUGAGUACUUGCCAAAAUUGCCCCAAACUUACAUCUUCAAGGAAUCUACCAUGAAGACGGUCGAUGAGAAAAUCGAGUCACUUAUCAAACUCUACGCUCUUAUCUGCAAUCAAGAAGAUCUCAAUAUAGCUAAGACAGAGCUUUCGAUUCAUCUUCGCGACCAUGUUGUGUGGGAACGUAACACUGUCUGGAGAGACAUGAUCGGUUUGGAAAGAAAAACGCAAGCUGCUAACUCCAUGGGCGCUGAAAACUCUAACAACAACGAGGAAGCGGCCUUGGGAUUAUCAUCCUUCAACAUCUCAUUCAGAAAUCCAACAAUAGUCAAAUUGGCCAUCAUUGUCGGUAUCACUGUGAUCUUGCUUAAUAUCUCAUUCUUUGACGACGUCCCACAAAAAAAUUGUUUUGCAUUGUUAGUAUGUGCAUCGUUAUUGUGGGCAACGGAGACAAUCCCACUUUUUGUGACGUCUUUAUUAAUUCCUCUCCUCAUUGUUAAUUUUGGAGUUUUGAAAUAUCCGGACGGCUCGCCCAUGGAUACCCUCGACUCGUCCAAAUUCAUUUUGUCUACCAUGUGGAGUUCUGUUAUUUUGCUUCUUCUUGGUGGGUUUACGUUAGCAGCUUCGUUGACGAAGUAUAACAUUGCCAAACUCAUUUCCACAUGGGUGUUGUCUAAAGCAGGUACUAACCCGUCAGUAGUGCUUUUGACAAUCAUGAGCAUCGCCUUAUUUGCAUCCAUGUGGGUUUCGAAUGUUGCUGCGCCCGUGCUUUGUUUUUCAUUGAUUCAUCCUCUUCUCCGAACUCUUCCAAAGGAUUCCAAGUUCAUCAAUGCUUUGAUUUUGGGAAUCGCAUUGGCCUCCAAUGUUGGAGGAAUGGCUUCUCCAAUUGCAUCUCCUCAGAACAUGAUUGCCAUUGGAGCAAUGGAUCCUCAGCCAUCUUGGGGCCAAUGGUUUGUUAUUGCUCUUCCUGUUUGUGUACUUUCAUUGGUUGGUAUUUGGUUGUUCUUGUUAAUGACCUUCAAGUGCAACUCGCAAAACACGCAACUUGUUCCAAUCAGAACCAUGGACGAUAAGUUCACUGGUAUUCAAUGGUAUAUCGUGAUUGUGUCUAUCUCAACAAUUUUGUUGUGGUGCUUUGCCUCGAAAUUGGAGGGUGUAUUUGGAGAAAUGGGGAUAAUUGCCCUUAUCCCAAUCAUCUUGUUCUUUGGCACUGGAUUGCUCACCACUGAGGAUUUCAACAAUUAUCCAUGGAAUAUUGUUGUUUUGGCUAUGGGUGGAACUGCAUUGGGCAAAGCUGUCGCUUCAUCAGGCUUGUUGGCCACAAUCGCUGUCACCAUCGAAAAGGAGGUCGAAGGGCUUUCUCUAUUCGGUGUCACGUUGACAUUUGGCUUGCUUAUUUUGACAAUGGCUACAUUUGUCAGCCACACGGUAGCUGCGCUUAUUGUGAUCCCGUUGGUUGCCGAAAUCGGCAAUAAGAUGAGCGAUCCUCAUCCACGUAUGUUGAUUAUGGCUAGUGCACUUCUUUGUUCUGCUGCCAUGGGCUUGCCUACUUCGGGCUUUCCUAACGUGACAGCCAUCUGUAUGACGGAUGAAUUUGGGAAACCAUAUUUGACCGUCAACACGUUCAUCACCCGCGGCGUACCAAGUUCGUUCAUUGCCUACAUCAUCAUUGUGAGCGUAGGAUACGGUAUCAUGAACAUGAUUAAUUUUUAG